CACCCUUGCUCCUCAUCGUCUGGAGCUAUCUGGUUGGGUACGUCAUCGAGAGAGCGACGCGGAGUAGGCUGUCAAGUCAACGGCCUUGCAUUCCACAUCCAUAAUGACAAACCCUUUGGCUAUAUCUCUACCUAAAGGUCGUGAGUAUCGGUUGAAUCACAGUAAUUAUAUGGAACCUUCUCACGACUGACCACGGUUCCUGCUUCAGACAGCUCCAGUGACGCCGGUAAGCCCUCACGAACUCGCGGCUUGCUUCAGUCCGCGAAGCGCAUACUCUCCCUUUUCCACCCCCGAAGAAUAUUCGAUCACCAACAAAGGUCAGAAGACAAAGUGAAGAUGAGGAACCGGCAAACCAACCAUGAGCUCGUUGUCGUGGGGUCCCAGGCAAGGCUGCCUGUGAAUGGCCGUGGGCCCACAGUGAACCGACGGCCACAGCUUCACGAGUCGAACCGAAACCAUGAUGUACGGCGAUAUGGUGCCGCAAUGGACGACCAGAAUAAUCACUCAGACAUCCCAACGUACAACAACCCCGAUUCAUACAGAUUUGAGAGUUCCAGCCGGAGAACUGACGGUCGCAACUCCGAUUCCGCUUCGUCAAGUAGUAGGAUAAGCGCAGCAGUGUCUCCUGGAACAUCCACCCUAGCCAGCGCAGGCAUUAACACCGAUCAGACAACCCCAUCAGACCCGCAAACCGAGUUCAGGCUACCUGGUGAUGAUGAAUAUAUCCGAGCGACGUCUCUGGACCGCAUCUCCCAGGUGAACCUCUCCCCGGUUUCAACGAACAGCGAGUAUAGCGAGCAGGUAUUCAUGGUCGGCAGCAACCCUACAAACAAGGUUUCGGCAUUGAUGGCACUGGAUACACAAGCAUCAGCCAAUUUGAUGGAUAUUGAGUUACAGCAGGAGUUGGAAUUGAUGAUGGAGCCUUGCGAUCAAGAACUCGUCCCAUUGCAGACCAAAACCGGCAAGGACCGAAUCAAGCCGUUUGGCAUCGCGAAGGACGUCUCAUGGCAUUUUGCACAACGUGAAAAGACAUUUACCAGUGACUUCCUGGUUGUGGAUAUGAAGAACUAUAAUGCCAUCUUGGGAAGGAAGGAUAUCAAGAAAUUGGAGAUCCUCAAAUCUGGACCUGGCCUUGAACGCCGUACGACGAUCCGGAUGUCCCGCGCCUGAAUACGAUCCAUGUCAUGUUUGAGCAUGACGAUACUUUGACCCAUUGUGGAUGCGCACCAAGCUCAUUUUACCAUUGGGGGACUCUACGCAUUCUUAUACGUACUUUACGAUUGAUUGUGAUACCCGAAAGGGCAGCUGCGGAUAUUGCAUCACACAUAUACUUCGGGGCAGGUGCUGCCCAGAUUUGCACGGACACAGCAAGGUUCCAACCAGUCAAUGACCGACAUAUUCUUAAUGACGGGGUGUAUCC